AUGAUGACACCUCAAAAGUUUGUCUUCUAUCUGACAUGUUUGUUAUUGCGAAAAAUGGCUCAGACAACUGCUCUGACACUGUCCUCAUCUGUUCGCCAGGGAAAUAGUUUUGUAUUGGGUAAAACUGGAGACAACUUGACUUUACAAUGUUCUUAUAAAAGUGACGUUCCUGCAAGGUAUUACUGGUAUAAACAAAUCCUUGGCCAAAAACCAAGGCAGAUUUCUAGCUUCUUUGUUUUAGAUAAAAAUGGCACUUUUAAUGAUGAAUUUAAGAACAAUCCACGUUUCACACUGGAUACAAAACCUGGUAAAAAUCAUUUGACAAUCUCAGAUUUACGCAUUUCAGACUCGGCUACUUAUUACUGCGCAAGCUGCUUUGCAUACAACUUUGAAUUAGCAGAGGGCAUUACUGUCAGUGUGGAGGGUUCAGGUUUGAACAUCCCAGCUUUGGUCCAUCAGUCAGCAUCUGAGACCAUCCAGUCAGGAGGCUCUGUGACACUAAGCUGUACAGUACACACUAAGGUCUGUGAGGGAGAACAAAGUGUUUACUGGUUCAAAAACUCUGGAGAAUCUCCUUCAGAACUCAUUUACACCCAUGGAGACAGGAAUGAUCAGUGUGAGAGGAAUCCCAACACACAAACACACUCUUGUGUCUACAAAUUGGCGCUGAAGAGCCUGAAUGUUUCUGAUGCUGGAACCUACUACUGUGCUGUUGCCACAUGUGGACAUAUAGUUUUUGGAAAUGGAACCAAGCUGGACUUUGGGCCAGCUGUUGAAGACUCUCUUGUCUUGAUGUAUUUCUUGAGUGGAGCUUUGGCAUUCACCACCAUCUUCUUGGUUUUACUGGCUUUCUUGGUGUACAGGAUGAACAAAAGAACAUAUUUCCAAUCUCCAGAAGCAAGAUGUUCCGCUCCUUCCAUGUCAAAUGCUGAGGGUUAUCGAGACGCUGACGACCUCCAUUAUGCUGCUUUAAAUGUUAACCUGCCCAACAGAUCCAGAAGGCAGAGGGACAACACGAGGAAUGAGUGUGUGUACUCAAGUGUGAAGCAGUAGAACUGGAA